AUGGGAGUAUGUUUGUCAGCAGAAGAGAGAGCAGAACGCGAAAAGAGCCAACGCAUUGACCGUGAAUUAGAAGAAGACAGCAAACGUCUGACAAGAGAAUGCAAGAUCCUGCUACUGGGGAGUGGAGAAUCAGGCAAAUCCACCAUUGUCAAGCAAAUGAAGAUUAUUCAUCAGAACGGAUACUCACAAGAAGAAUUGAAAACUUGGAGAUUGACUGUAUACAAAAACAUCAUUGAAUCCAUACAGGCUAUCAUAUCAGCAGCAGAAAGGUUUGAAUACGAAUUUGAGACGCUGGAUGAUCCGAACGCAUUGGAUAGACUCAUGAAUUACAGCGUCAGUAACGAUGAGUCAAAAGGAUUUGAUCCUGAGAUAGCUUUCAUUAUCAUUCAGUUAUGGAACGACCCUGUGGUUACAAAAAUGAUCGACCAGGAAUCAGGCAAGUUUUACUUGAUGGAUUCGGCACCGUAUUUCUUGGAUGAUGUGAGACGAAUAGCACUUGAGGAAGACUAUAUACCUACUGUUCAGGACGUGCUGUUUGCUCGAUCUAAAACAACAGGAAUAACAGAAACAAGGUUUAAUGCUGGAAAUCAACUUACCAUACACAUGUUUGAUGUGGGCGGACAAAGAUCGGAAAGAAAAAAAUGGAUCCAUUGCUUUGAAUCAGUAACAAGCAUCAUAUUCUGCGUCGCUUUAAGCGAAUACGACCAAGUGUUAUUAGAAGAGGGCCGUCAGAACCGAAUGAUUGAAAGCUUGGUAGUGUUUGAAUCGGUGAUCAACAGUCGCUGGUUUGUACGCACCUCCAUUGUAUUGUUUUUAAACAAGAUAGAUCUAUUUAAAGCCAAAUUACCUCGAGUCCCCUUUGACCAGUUUUUCCCUGAUUAUACAGGUGGAGACGAUCCUGGAAAAGCAGCUAAAUACAUACUAUGGCGCUUCAAUCAAAUGAACAGAGCAAAGUUGAAUAUAUACCCUCACCUAACGCAAGCAACGGACACAUCCAAUAUUCGUCUGGUGUUUGCUGCCAUCAAGGAGACCAUCUUGCAAAAUGCACUAAAAGACUCUGGUAUUUUAUAA